AUGUUGGUUAAGUAUUUGAAGACAAUCAACCUUGAUGAUGAAACUGGAAGGUUAUUGUCUAAAGAAGAUGCUGGUCCUUCGAAGAAACCAAAACGUUCGAAGAAUGAUGCAAAGGCUACUCCUGAGAAGCGUGUGCACGAAUCCAAGCAAAAGAAGUCACCACAGAAACAGACGAAGCCAGAAGAACAAGUUUCGACUGUUGUGAUCGAGCCUGUGGAACCUCUUACUGAUGAUCAUGUCAAGGAAACCAUUCCAUCAAAUUCUGGUGUUUUUCAAAGACUAAAGCACAUAGCUCGUGGUCCACGAAAGUCUAAAGAUGGAUCUUCUCGAUUUUCUCCUUCAAAUGUUCAUAAACCACAAAUUACUCAUCAAGGGGUACUUAUUCGUGAGGUUCCAAUUCCUGUUUCGCCUUCAUCAAAGAAACGAAGAGCUGAAGACCUGGCUAAACAUAUUUCAAAGAAGACGAAAAAGAAACGAAAGUUGGUUAUACAAGAGGAGUCGUCCGAAGAGGAGAUAGUUCCUGAGACACCCGAAACUAUUCUUCCUAAAUGA